UCUAACUGUAAUCCAAUCAUACAUCAGGCAUGGGCCCUUAAUUUCCAAAACUUAAACGGCCUUUCAGGGUUUCUUCAACUCGCCUGAUCGUUAUAUGGCCCUGGCCCUGGCCCUGCUUGCAAAUUUCAAGUUCCAACGCCGGAAGGCGGAAAAAAGUUCGCAACUCGCAAGAACUUGGCAAGGCAGGCAAUUCUUCCACCAAGGCUGAAGAACAAACAGAGCUGCAAAGUAAAGAAGAAAAGAAAUAAUAAUGAGGAGACUCAGUCGAGGGUUUAUUCGGUGCAUCAAUUCAUUGAGGCAACUUCAAAUAGGGAAUUCCAAUCCCAUUCCUCGUAAUCAAAGAUCGUUUCUUCUACCCCAAAUUGCCAACAUUUCCUUUUCUUUUUCUUUUUCUCGCUAUUAUUCCAACGAGCUGCAACCUCAGCUUUCAACCGACCUUCUUAAAAUCAUGGAACAAAGAUUAUCCGCUAUAGAGCAUAGGAGUGCUUUUCUUGAGAAUCUAAUAAACCAGCCAGAAGCCUCACCAGCAGACUAUUCAAAGGCUAACAAAGAGCUUCGAAAACUUAGGGACUCAAUGGAUCUUAUCAAUGAUUUGAGAACCAAACAGAAGGAGAUUGAUGGUUUGAGGUCAUUGAUGGCUGAAUGCCCUGAUGAUAAGGACAUGCUUGAUAUGGCUACUGAGGAUCUGGGUAAGGCUUUGGAAGAAGUGAGAAGACUGCAGAACUUGCUGCUCAAGUCAUUGCUUCCUAGGGAUGAUGCUGACAAGAGGGACUGCAUUUUGGAGGUGAGAGCAGGAACUGGUGGAGAGGAGGCUUCUUUGUUUGCAAUGGAUGUGUUUAAAAUGUAUGAGAGGUACUCACAGAAGAAGGGUUGGAAGUUCGAUGUGGUAGAUAUAGCAGAGUCUGAUCUGAAAGGAUAUAAGGAAGCUAGUGCAGCAAUCUCAGGAGCUGGUGUUUAUGGGAAACUUAAAUUUGAGAGUGGAAUUCACAGAGUUCAGCGUGUUCCUCUGACAGAGAAGUCUGGACGUAUCCACACUAGUGCUGUAUCGGUUGCUAUUCUCCCUCAGGCUGAUGAGGUAGAUGUCCAAUUAAGGAAUGAAGAUUUGAGAAUUGAUACUUACAGGUCCGGUGGUUCUGGUGGUCAACAUGUAAACACCACCAACAGUGCAGUUAGAGUCACACAUUUGCCCACUGGUAUUACAGUAUCUAUACAGGAUGAACGAUCCCAGCAUAUGAACAAAGCCAAAGCACUUAAAGUGCUCUGUGCAAAGCUGUAUGAAAUGGAGAGGUCUAGAAUUCAGAUGAGUCGAUCUAAACUUAGAUCUGAACAGAUUGGUAGUGGGGACAGAUCUGAGCGCAUUCGAACCUAUAACUUUCCUCAAGGGCGUGUCACCGAUCAUCGAGUUGGCAUCACUUAUCAUGCAAUAAAUGAUGUGAUUCAGGGAGAGAAUUUGGAUAUCUUUAUUGAUGCUCUUCUUUUGCAACAGGAAAAGGAUGCAAUUGCAACCUUCAGUUUUGCCCAAUGAUCUGUAUUAGCGGUCAUGAUGUCUCGCCAGAUGCAGAUUUUUUUCAUUAAUCAUCAUUUUCUAGCAUGAAAUGGUCAAGAUGUUAUGUCAUACUCUUUGUUCUCUCGCAAUUUUGACCUCAAAAGUAUUCUGUUUCUUAUUAGUGAUGCAUAUGUUAAUAGCGAGGGAGAUACCAUUGUACUUCCAUGACAUGUGCUAUGGCCUGUUGUAUCUUUUACUGAUUGUUCGGGAAGCAAUUACCAAUUUACAAUAUUGUGUAGACAAAUAUUUUGAGUUGACAUAUGUUUUGCUGUCCCUACCAGAUUUGUAGCAGAUAACCUUGUUAAAGUGUCCGACAGCCUGGUAUUGCAAGUUUGCGGCUAAUAUCUUUUUUUUUUCUUUUCUUGAAAGAGCCGUGAGACUGCUUUCUGAGCAUAUUGGCUUCCCCGGGCUCUGAAGUCUGGGAACUACAACUACCAAAUAUGAAGUUCAUCUCAUCCAAUCCUGGUUAGAGAAGCCAGUCAUGAAAUUGACAAGUUAGUUUUGGGUCAAUAGUUGUUCCUCUCCCCUGCUAAUCAAUGGCUUGAUAGCCGUACUUCAUUUCAAAGGGUGUGAGAUGAUGCAGGAUUCAAAGGCAAAAAAGGGUUCUUGGAAUUUUUGUCAAUUAGUGGUCUUUAUCGCCAUAUGAGCCAUUUGGUCUAGCUGACCCACCUAGACACCGACCCCUAUCUAUGCUGGUAAAAUGACACUAAUCGUGUUGCUUCCGCCCAAGAGAAUUGAUGGCUCGAGCCACUAAACAGACAUAAAUCUAUUAUUGCAAUCCUCCAGCUUCUAAAAAACAAAGAUGAUUAGUUAUACUCUUUUUGCUUGUACAAAGGUUU